AUGAGGAAGGCCAAGGCUUGUGCAGCUUGCCGUGAACGCCGACGGAGGUGCGACAUCCGUGCAUCAGGCUCUCCAUGCACGUUCUGCAUUGCUCGAGGUCUUAGGUGUACAGCUGCACGUCUGACUGGAAAUGCUGCCGAUGUGGGAGAUGGCCUGUCACCUUCUUCCGAUCCAACCACGAGUGGACCUGUCCCUUUAUACAAAGAGGGGAUACAGAGCAGCCAUUCACCAUCCCAAUCUGUUUGCGCCGAAUUGGUAAAGCUCUAUUUCGACUAUGUACAUGACCAAUUUCACUCUCUUUUUCAUCAGCCAAGUUUCGAAAAGGACAUGGCUCGAGGCAAGGCCCCGAAAAUCUUGUUGUAUGGCAUGAUGGCCCUGUCAGCAAGGUUCUCAAAAAACGCGGCUUUUCACGGCACAGAUCCUCGACUGAGAGGGAAGACUUACGCAAAGGCUUGUGCGAAUCUACUUGAUUGGAAUCAGGUCUCCUUGACAACAAUUCAAGCAUGCGUUUUGCUUGGCGCAAUUGCAGUUACGGAGGGGAAUUCGGCGUCGGAGAACAUCUACUACGCCGUCGCCUGCCGGAUUGCCCAGCUGCUAGAUCUUCCGAACUGUAAGAUGGAGAGCAGAGUAGAACAGGAGAUCAAUAUUCGAACGUGGUGGAGUUUGUGCAUGAUCGAUGUCUGGUCUUCCACUGGUGUGCGACUCCCACGACUGCUCCCCCCGAAGGAAAACGUUUCAUUACCGAUAGAUGAGGUUGUGUUUCUGGGAAUGAGUCGCGAUCGUGGUUUUGACGAGACAAUUCAAACGAGCAGGAAUUCUUCACUUCUGGCGGAAAUGGUCCGCUUGAAUUAUAUUCUGCAACAAAUCAACGAUUUCAAUAUCCGAGUGGCCGAAUCCAAACUCGAUUCCGUCGCUAUCCAAGGCGACCUAGAGGAUCUUUCCUCACAGCUUGACAGGUGGCUUGAUGAGCUCCCCGAUCACAUUCGAGACACCCGCGAAAACCUGGAACGUUUUUCUGCCUUGGGUCUAGGUCGUGUGUUUGUGGCAAUCUACCUAGGGUACUAUCACUUUGGACAGAUGCUUUUCUACCGCUUUCUUCACGAAGACUCGCAGUCGACUAGUCUCCGCACCCGACACUAUGCCAACAAAUGCAAGGAGCAUGCUGGUAGACUAUGUGAUAUUGUCUACGCAUCGGAGACCGUGCCCAACUGCGACGCAAAGUACAACAUGGUAGGGCAUGUUCUUGUCAUUGCGUCAACGGUGCAAAUUCACAGCCUUCUAUUCGAAUCAAACGAUACAAAUGUCGCUCUGGCGAAGGAGCGACUGGAGAAAAACUUUUGCAUCCUAACGCAACUCUGUGCGGUCUGGCCAACAUUGGACGUCUGUAUGGAUCGUCUCAUGGCAUUCCACAAGGCUUGCAGAGAGUCUGCAGAUACAAGUUUCUGCAUGGAUCAAUGGAUGGUACGAUUCUUGGUAGAGUUUGCAAGCCCUGUCACGGACAAAACCUCUCAUGCAAGCGAUGGAAGUCAAUGGUCGCUAGCGGAAUUGGGCAUCACCUCCGACUGA